AUGUCUCCAACACUAGGCUGGUAUGGCCUCGGCUCCAUGGGCCUCGGAAUGGCCUCGAAUCUGCAAAAACACCUUCAAUCGCAGAAUCUGUCCGCCCUCCACUACAGCAACCGCACAUUAUCUCGCGGCAAUUCACUGAAAGAGCUCGGAGCGAUUCCUGAAGAUGAUUUUGAAAGUGUGGUCAAAAAGGCGGAUAUCAUCUUCACCAUGAUAUCAGACGACGCUGUCCUCGACGAGAUAAUAUCAAAAGCAACCUCCGUCGAUUCCGUAACUGGCAAAAUCUUCGUCGACACAUCCACCGUCCACCCAGAUACUGCUGCGUCUGCAUCAGCGAAGCUUGCUCAGCACGGCGCAGUGUUUAUAUCCUCCCCCGUCUUCGGUGCGAGUGCGGUGGCAGCAGCAGGGAAACUCAUCUUCGUAAUGGCCGGUCCUGCAAACGCCCUGGAAAUAGCACGACCAUACAUUAUAGACGUCAUGGGGCGGAGUAUCAUCAGCAUGGGCGAAGAUGUGCGCAAGUCAAGUUUACUCAAGAUAUCCGGUAACAUAAUCGUGAUAAGCCUAAUGCAAACCCUCUCCGAAACACACGUCUUCGCCGAACGCACCGGCCUCGGCACCGCGCAAAUCGAACAAUUCAUCUCCGACAUGUUCGGGCCUGUGCUGGAGAGCUACUCGAAGCGGAUCACCACCGGUGCGUAUGCGCCUCCCCGUGGUACGCCUCCGGGCUUUGCAGCGAGACUGGCGAGUAAGGAUACGGGACAUGCGUUGGCGAUUGCGAAAGAGCAUAAUGUGAGGCUGGGGAGUGUGGAGAUGGCGCUGGGGAGGCUGGAAAGGGCGAGAGAGUAUGCUGGGGAGGAGUUGGAUAGUUCUGCUAUGUAUGGGAUUGCGAGGAUGGAGGCGGGGAUGAGUUUUUGGAGUGAGAAUAGUAGGCAGGAGUAG